UUUCUGUUUCGGACGUCUCACCUGGAAACUCAUACAUCCUUCCUACCUAAAGGCUUGUCAGUUGGGGGGUGUUCAAUCACAUCACCCAGUGUGAGAAGGUGCCUAGCAAAUUGUUACAAGUGCCACUAGCGUAGUUCGAAACCAUCAUCAGACACGUGAGGAAACUGGGCCCCCACGGUCGGCAGACUCGCCAAUAUCACAGCGAUAAAGUCUGAAUUCUGAAGCCGAAUCCAAUUUUCCUAAAACAGAUUUCCAGGUAAACGCUCAGCGUCGCCACAGGUAAGUCCUGAAAAAAACCUCAAACUGCGCCAAAUCUCGCGCCGCACGGGCCAGAAGGCGGACGGGGAGCAUGAGGUAUCGCGAGAUGACGGCGUUUUCCCGCGAAGGAGAAGCGCGCGUUUUUCCCUGGCUGGGUAUUUGGGGAGAAGGUCGGGCCGGCUGUGGCUGUGAGGAAUUAGAGCGCGGCGUUGCAGGCACUGAGACUAGGCGACCCGGUUGCCGGGUGAGUGUCCAGACAUGCCAGCGGAGCGGCCGGCGAGCAGCGGCGGGCCCCCAGCCUCAGAAAUGGUUGAGCAACCGGAGGCUGCCGUCAUUACCCCAGCCAUGCUAGAAGAGGAGGAACAGCUUGAGGCCGCUGGACUUGAGAGAGAGCGGAAGAUGCUAGAAAAGGCUCGCAUGACUUGGGAUAGAGAGUCCACAGAAAUUCGGUACCGUAGACUUCAACAUUUGCUUGAAAAAAGCAAUAUCUACUCCAAAUUUUUAUUGACUAAAAUGGAACAGCAACAAUUAGAGGAACAGAAGAAGAAAGAGAAGUUGGAGAGAAAAAAGGAAUCUUUAAAAGUUACAAAGGGUAAAAAUUCAAUUGAUGCAAGUGGAGAGAAUCCAGUCAUAAGAAAGAAAAGAGGAAGAGAAGAUGAAUCAUACAAUAUUUCAGAGGUCAUGUCAAAAGAGGAAAUUUUGUCUGUGGCUAAAAAAAAUAAGGAGAGUGAGCAUGAAAACUCCUCCUCUACUAAUCUCUGUGUAGAAAAUCUGCAGAAAAACAAAGAUUCAAAUAGUAUAAUUAAAGAUAGAUUAUCUCAAACUGUUAGGCAGAAUACUAAAUUCUUUUUUGAUCCUGUUCGGAAAUGUAAUGGACAGCCAGUACCCUUUCAGCAACCAAAGCACUUCACAGGAGGAGUGAUGCGAUGGUACCAAGUAGAAGGCAUGGAAUGGCUUAGGAUGCUUUGGGAAAAUGGAAUUAAUGGCAUUUUAGCAGAUGAAAUGGGAUUGGGAAAGACAGUUCAGUGCAUUGCUACAAUUGCAUUGAUGAUUCAGAGAGGAGUACCUGGACCUUUUCUUGUCUGUGGCCCUCUGUCUACACUUCCUAACUGGAUGGCUGAGUUCAAAAGAUUUACACCAGAAAUCCCUACUAUGUUAUAUCAUGGAACCCAGCAGGAACGUCGAAAAUUAGUAAGGAAUAUUCACAAACGGAAAGGGACACUGCAGAUUCAUCCUGUGGUAAUUACGUCAUUUGAAAUAGCCAUGAGAGACCGAAAUGCAUUACAGCAUUGCUAUUGGAAAUACUUAAUAGUAGAUGAAGGACACAGGAUUAAGAAUAUGAAGUGCCGUCUAAUCAGGGAAUUAAAACGAUUCAAUGCUGAUAACAAACUUCUUUUGACUGGUACUCCCCUACAAAACAAUUUAUCAGAACUUUGGUCAUUGCUAAACUUCUUGUUGCCGGAUGUAUUCGAUGACUUGAAAAGCUUUGAGUCUUGGUUUGACAUCACUAGUCUUUCUGAAACUGCUGAAGAUAUUAUUGCUCAAGAAAGAGAACAGAACGUAUUGCAUAUGCUGCACCAGAUUCUAACGCCUUUUUUACUGAGAAGACUGAAAUCUGAUGUUGCUCUUGAAGUUCCUCCUAAACGUGAAGUAGUAGUUUAUGCACCGCUUUCAAAGAAACAAGAGAUCUUUUAUACAGCCAUUGUGAACCGUACAAUUGCAAGCAUGUUUGGAUCCAGUGAGAAAGAAACAGUUGAAGCAAGUCCUACUGGACGACCAAAACGGCGAACCAGAAAAUCAAUAAAUUACAGUAAAAUAGAUGAUUUCCCUAAUGAAUUGGAAAAAUUGAUCAGUCAAAUACAGCCAGAGGUGGACCGAGAAAGUAGAACUGUUGUGGAAGUGAAUAUCCCUAUAGAAUCGGAAGUUGAUCUGAAGCUGCAGAAUAUAAUGAUGCUACUUCGUAAAUGCUGUAAUCAUCCAUAUUUGAUUGAGUAUCCUAUAGACCCUGUUACACAAGAGUUUAAGGUCGAUGAAGAAUUGGUAACAAAUUCAGGGAAAUUCUUAAUUUUGGAUCGAAUGCUGCCAGAAUUAAAGAAAAGAGGUCACAAGGUGCUGCUUUUUUCACAAAUGACAAGGAUGUUGGACAUUUUGAUGGAUUACUGCCAUCACAGAAAUUUCAACUUUAGCAGGCUUGAUGGAUCCAUGUCUUACUCGGAGAGAGAAAAAAAUAUGCACAAUUUCAACACAGAUCCAGAUGUGUUUAUCUUCUUAGUCAGUACACGAGCUGGUGGCCUGGGUAUUAAUUUGACUGCGGCUGAUACAGUUAUCAUUUAUGAUAGUGAUUGGAACCCCCAGUCUGAUCUUCAGGCCCAAGAUAGAUGUCAUAGAAUUGGUCAGACAAAGCCAGUUGUUGUAUAUCGCCUUGUUACAGCAAAUACUAUUGAUCAGAAAAUUGUGGAAAGAGCAGCUGCUAAAAGAAAACUGGAAAAGUUGAUCAUCCAUAAAAAUCAUUUCAAAGGUGGUCAAUCUGGAUUAAAUCAGUCUAAGAAUUUCUUAGACCCUAAGGAAUUAAUGGAAUUAUUAAAAUCUAGAGAUUAUGAAAGGGAAGUAAAAGGAUCAAGAGAGAAAGUCAUUAGUGAUAACGAUCUGGAAUUGUUGUUAGAUCGAAGUGAUCUCAUUGAUCAAAUGAAUGCCUCAGGACCAAUUAAAGAGAAGAUGGGGAUAUUCAAGAUUCUAGAAAAUUCUGAAGAUUCCAGUCCUGAAUGUUUGUUUUAAAUUGGAGCUAAAGAAUGGCUUUUAAAUGUUCUUGUUUACAUCUAAUGAUUUACUGAUACUAGUUUUGAAAUCCACAUUGUCCAUUUUACUUUUUUGAUUAUAUCAGUUUAUAUAAUGUAACUAGUACCAUUGCAUACUUAAUAGAGGGUAAUUUUCUGAGCCUUAUAAAGAACAAAGAAGUAUCCAUAUUAAGUUUGGAUUUUUAGUUAAUUUUUGAGACUGGGUAGUACUCUUGGGUACAGGCUGAUAUGUACUUAACCGCUUCCAGAUUUAUACAGUCUUCCUGUGGAAGUUUAGUAAAUGUUUUUCCCCCUUUCUUUUAGUAAUACAGUUCAUGGGUUUUUGGUACUUCAAUUAUGGAGUAGGCUUUUGAUGGGAGGAGAUUGGGAUUAUGCUUUUUGUUGUUUAAGGAAGAAAUUGUUUGAUUUUAGAGUCUAUUUCUAUAAGAUAGUUCACCAAAUAAAUGUUUAUUAUGAGAUGA